AUGGAGCAAAAAGAGUACAUCUUCAAGCAAGUUGCCGGUGCAGGAGGCGUCGACGCGACGGUAUGGUACAAAGCAGAUACUUCAACCGCCGCGAAGCCCAUUGUGUUCUAUGUUCAUGGGGGAAACUUCAUCGUGGGACACAAGGACUUGCUCUCAAAGGACUAUGCAGAAACGCUACUGAAUCUAGGGUUCGGAGCUGUUGUCUCUCCAAAUUAUCGUCUCAGCCCAACUAUCUCAGCAUACGAUGGUGCGGUGACAGAUACCAAGGACGCUUACGACUGGACAGUAAACAAGCUGCCAGCCCAACUUGCUCAGGAUACGGGUGUGAAACUGGAUUCCGAAAGGAUCGUGGCUUUUGGACAUUCAGCAGGAGGGACUCUAGCCUUAUUAACGGCCUCGAGCCCUAAGCCCCCCAAGGCCAUCUUGGAUAUCUUUGGAAUGAAGUAUUUGACAGAUGAUUUUUACCACACCCCAAAUCCAGCCCUCGCUAAGAUUCCGGAAUUUCCUCAAGAAUUUCUGAACAAGAUCCAUGCGGAAAAUCCCCCACCCAACGGUGCGCCGCCUCCAGUUGGUCCCAAGGGACCUGACUUCAGCAAAUAUCGAGCAGCCUGGUUGUUUGACAGUAUGAAGCGCGGCACUUACAUGAAGUCGGUCAUACCAGACGGCAAGUAUGAUAGAGUGGAUCCUGCGGCCACAUUCUCCUCGUCGUUUCCUCCGACGUACUUCAUCCACGGCGCUGCAGACACCGGUGUUCCCGCCAAGUUCUCGGAGAAAGCCCACGCGGAGCUGAAGGAGAAAGGGGUUGAGACGGAACUCGUGAUAGUUGAUGGUGCCCCUCACGGUUUUGAUGUUGGUGCGAAGCCUGGCGAUGAGAAAUUCGCCAUCAUAGAGAAGGGUUUCAAGUUCUUGAAAGCCCACGUGUAG